CCCCUUGCAACUUCUGGCAACUCUGCCGUCAUAUGUUUGACAGUUUGACAUGCACACAGUUUUGGAGUAGCUCAAAAUAUUUUCGCUAUCGUUUUUUUUUAAUAAUUUCGUGUGUGAAACGGUGAUAUUAUUGAUUUUUGUUGCAUUUUAUGCAUCGUCCAGCUGAAGCACAUCGAAAUCCGCCAAGGGACUCCACGGCUUGCGCACAGGGAGGCAGUGAAAAAGUUUUGUUUACCUUUUUUCGAUAUCCCAGAGUUCUGCGAUUUCGGUGUCGCUGUGUGCGUGUGCGAGCGCCCAUGUCACCUGUGUGUGUGUGCGUGCGAGCUGGUGUGCAAAAAUGAAAAUGCAUUCUCAAUAAAGCGAAAUAAAUGUGCCAACCGCUAAGAGAGUAGUGCAUUCUAAAAUUGGUUGUUAAAGCUGCGCACAUGGAAAAUGUGCCCGAUAUUUCCACCAGCGCUUCGUCCUCUUCUACUUCUAAUUCAACUUCCACACUGAAACUCCAAAGCCAAAUCAACUCUAAAAAUGUCCUGAUCCGAUCGCAGAGCAGUGGCAAGCUAAGCAGCAAUGAAGCAAAAUCAGCAAAGCCAGCAGCAUCAACCAGUACAACGACGACCCUGCGAGCGGCCAAGCUCAAGAUCGGGGCCAUGCAACAGCAGAAGCAGCAACACCAGCAGCAGCAGCAGCAACAACAGCAGCAGCAUCAGGCCACGAGCGGCGGCAACAUCAUCCUGCUGCGCGGCACUCGCAACGAGAAUGGCCAGAUCAUCAUCCAGAACAAGCAGGACAUACUCAGCCUGCUCAGCGAACAACAGCAGCAGCAGCAGCAGGAGAAGAGCCACUCCUCCACGGCCAUCACGCUCAACCAGCUGCCCACGGCGACAACGGUGGCUAGGAAGACCAUUGUGCAGGGCUCGAGUGGAUCCGGCAGCAGCAGCAGCAGCUCCACCAUUUCCAUUGUGGCCAACAGCAACAACAAGGAGGCCAGCAGCAACACGAUCCUUCUGCAAACCCCCAUCAAUGCCAGUCAGUUGGAGAGCGUUCUAAAGGCACAGGAGCGUUCCAAGCAGGCCAACGCCACGCAAACCAAGAUGGUGGAGAGACCCUUUAUGCUAAAACAUGCCACACGCAGCCUGAGUUCCGAAAGCAACUGCGACAGCAAGUCACCCUUUGUGCUGCAAACGCUGAAGCGUCUGGAAAAGUCUCAAUCCAUACUGGUCAUACGCAACUCCACGGCGUCGUCCUCUGCAACCAACACUUCCAUGGCCACUUCGCCGCCAAAUGGCAACAGUCUUGCCACCUCAAGUAUUCUAAGCGUGACGCGCACCACGAAGGCGGCCAAGGGCGUGGCAGGAGCGCUGCACAAGCUCAAGGCGGCAGCAGCCACAACAGCCACGAGCGGGGGAUCCGCUUCAGCCGGAGCAACAUCAUCUACGGCCACCACCAUACUUAGGCUGGGAAAAAGCGCCACCACGGUGGCCAUUAAUGGAGCAAGCAAGCUGGAGGCAACGACGAGCACAACCACAGCGGUGCCAGUUCCGGUCACAACGACAACAUCAAAUAAAUUGUCCAACGCGGUGACAAGCGAGCAGCAGCAGCAGCAACAAUCGACAACAACGCAAACGAAUGUGCCACUUGGGAACGCCACGGCCACAGCAACGGCGACUGCAACAGCGGCGGCGGCAGCUGCAACAGCAACCGCUGCAGCGGCGGCAGCAGCAGCAGUGGUGGCCCUGCCGACGGCAUCAGCAACAGCCGCAGCACCGCAGCAGCACGCCGCCUACGGACAGCAGCAGCCGCAGCAGCACCUCCAGUCGCAGCACCAGCAGCAGCCACAUCUCGGCCAGCACCACACGCAGCAACAUCCGCAACAACACGCGCAGCAGCAGCAACUGAUGACCCAUCAGCAGCACUCUGUGGCGCAGCAGCAACACCACCACCUGCAGCAGCAGCAGCACCACCACCAUCAUCACCACCACCACCACCAGCAGUUGUCGCUGCACCAGAACCACCUGUACUUCAGCGGUGCCAGUUUGGGUCACCACCAUCACCACCGCCAGAUCUUCAGUCAUCUGCAGAGUGCUCUAAUGCCUCUGAGUGUCAAUGGCGAACCCAUCAAGCUGCCCGACAAUUUGGAGAGCCUGCCAAGAGCCGACAGUUUUCCAUCACAGCGUCAUCGUUGGAAUACAAAUGAGGAAAUCGCCGCGAUUCUUAUCAGCUUUGAUAAGCAUGGCGAGUGGCAGUCCAAAGAGGUUCGAACCAGGCCUAAAAGCGGAUCGCUCUUGCUCUACUCAAGGAAGAAGGUGCGCUACAGACGCGAUGGAUACUGCUGGAAGAAACGAAAGGAUGGCAAGACAACGCGCGAGGAUCACAUGAAACUGAAAGUACAAGGCACUGAGUGCAUCUAUGGUUGUUAUGUACACUCGGCCAUAUUGCCCACAUUUCAUCGCAGAUGUUACUGGCUGUUGCAGAAUCCGGACAUUGUUUUGGUGCACUACCUCAAUGUCCCAUAUCCGGAUGAUAACAAAAUGGCCGUGAUUGCGCCCAGUAUCACACUUUGGGGCGACAAAAAGGAGUGGACCAAGGAGGAGCUGGUCAGCCAGCUCAAGCCCAUGCUAUCCACAAUUAAUUCUGAUGAUGACUCCGACUCGGGUAACGAUAUAGAAAUAUCAACGGCGGAGACGGUGGAGUCCAUAGUUUGCCAACUGAUGGAGAAGCAGAGGCUGUCGCGCCAGGCUGCCUUGGUUAAGCAGCUAGACUGUGGGUGCGGAGAUGGCGGAUGCGUGGACGGAAAGACCUGUACGCAUCCCGUGAUGCGACGAUCGGCCGCCAUGCUGAAGUCCUCGGUGCAGGAGAAACGGCUGGGCGAGCCCUUCAACGGCAACACGCCCAAUGUGGUGGUGGCCAGCAAGCUCUACUCCCGAUGGGCGGAGCGGCCAAGGCAGCACGUUGAGAAUCACGGCCAAUUCCACAACGUCACGCAGCAGUUGCCGCAGGAGUCGGCAAUUAAGUUUCAGAUCAUUCCUCCGCAGCAACAGCAGCAGCAGGAUGGGAACUACCAGCAGCAGCAACAGUAUCGGGCAAGUCAAAUGCUCGCUGCAAGGAGUAAUCUGGUGAUGCAGCAACAGCAGCAGCAACAGCAGCAGCAGCAACACCAGCAACAGCAGCAAUACCACCAGCAACAGCAACAGCAACAGCAGCAGCACUUGAGUCUACAGCGAUUUGUUGCCAGCCAAGGCCAGAAUUCGGUGCAUCUCAAUCAGCAGCACAGGCUGCAAAUAGCCAAUACAACGAUCACAGCCACAGCCAGAGAUCCUGCGACGACUUCAGCAGCAGCGGCAGCGGCAGCUUCUGGAGCACCAGCAGUCGCCUCGAAUAUAAUGGACACCGAACUAAUUGAAAACCAAAACCACAUGACCGCAAACAAAAUCACAAACUCCGGCAGCAGCAAUAGCAGUAGCAGCAAUGCCAGCAAGCAAUUAGCAGCCCAAACAAACAACGAAUUAAAUGUCGUAAAUAAUAACGACCCCGGCAACAAUAACUUUAUGUACAAUCAACAGCAGCAACUUAAUGCUUCCAGCAACAGCAACAACAGCAGCCAGCAGCAACAGCAGCAGCAGCAGCAACAUUAUUAUAAAUUGCAACAGACAACAGCAACCCCAACUAGUGGUCAGCCGCCUCCUCUGGCGCAAGUUCAACCCCACUCCUUGGGCCAACCACCCGUGGAGGCCAUGUGCAUGUCACCCGAGCAUCGCAGCAGCAGCCAGCCCACACCUGCAACGUCUUCCGCUGGUAGCAUCCCCUCCUCCGUUUCCGUAUCCAUAUCCGUGUCCACAAACACAUCCACACCCGCUCCCACGUCCAUAUCCACGCCCACAUCGGGCACUUCGUCCACUUCGAGUUCCUUACAAUCGAUUAUCGAUGGCAAUCAGCAGCAACAAAUUACAACGACGUCGACGGCAGCAACUUGUGAUAAUUUAAUGAGCGCCAAUGCGCUCUCUGAGCAGGAAAGCCACACAGUCAACAAUCAGGCCACAGAAGCCCCCAACAGGAGUCAGCUGCAAUCGCAAUCGCAAUCCCUGAACCAAAAUGGUUGUGCAACUUACAGUGCUUCCAGUGAUAACAGCAGCCAAAUUAGUGACGAAAGCAGCAGCUUUGGCGGUAACAAUCAAAACAGCAGCAACAGCAGCAGCAGCGAGGAGGAGCCCCAGGUGGAAGCGUUGAGCUUCUUCAACGAGACCUUGGAUCUGUCCCACGAGGACAUCCAGCGCACUUUGAUAGCGAAUAUGCCGUACAAUACGACAGCAGCGGGAGCCACAGCACCCAGUACAACGAUAACAACUGGCAACACCAAACUCGAAUUGAGCCAACAGGAGCCGGAGAAGAAACCCGAGAUGAGAACCGAACCCGCAACCGAUGUUGAGGAGGAUGAAACGGACGAUGUGUUUGCCAAUCUGGAUGCCUUCGAUAUGCUCGUGGAGUUUCCCGAACUGGACUUGGAUGACAAGCAGGCCCUGAAUAACACGGCUUUGGAGCAGAGCUCCUUUUUGGGAGAGUCCGCACCAUCGCAGCCACGCAAGGUGCACAAUAUAUGCGACUUUAGUCCCGAAUGGUCGUACACGGAGGGAGGCGUUAAGGUUCUGGUGGCCGGACCUUGGACGAGCUCGAAUGGCGGUGCGUAUACGGUGCUAUUCGAUGCGCAACCAGUACCCACGCAACUGGUCCAGGAAGGAGUACUUCGCUGCUAUUGUCCAGCCCACGAGGCUGGAUUUGUGACUCUGCAGGUGGCUUGUGGCGGAUUCCUUGUUUCCAACUCCGUGAUGUUUGAAUACAAGCUCUCCCUGCUGGCGGAUGCACCUUUCGAUGCCACCAGCUCCAACGAUUGCCUGUACAAGUUUACGCUGCUAAAUCGCCUGUCCACCAUCGACGAGAAACUGCAGGUGAAGACGGAGCAUGAGCUCACGACCGACAACACUGCUCUCUACCUGGAGCCAAACUUCGAGGAGAAGCUGGUAGCAUAUUGCCACAAGCUGAUCAAGCACGCCUGGAGCAUGCCCAGCACAGCCGCCUCGUGGACGGUGGGAUUACGUGGCAUGACUCUGCUCCACUUGGCCGCUGCCUUGGGCUACGCCAAGCUGGUGGGCGCCAUGCUGAAUUGGCGAUCGGAAAAUCCACAUAUCAUUCUUGAAACCGAACUGGACGCCCUCAGCCAGGAUGUCUACGGUUUUACUCCGCUCGCCUGGGCCUGCGUGCGUGGCCAUGUGGAGUGCUCGCUGCUACUCUACAAGUGGAAUCACAAUGCGCUGAAGAUCAAAACGCAGGCACAGCAAACUCCCCUGGAUUUGGCCAGCAUGCGGGGUCACAAAGUCCUGCUGGCGCAGAUGUAUCGCUUGGAGAAGGAGCGCUGCCGCAAGCCGCAGCUGCGCGGAGGCUUGGCCAAUCUUUCCAUGAACAUGGGCGUGGAAGCGGAGGCGGAGGAACAGCACCAGAGUUUCAGCGCUUUUGACUUGGAACUCCAGCGUAAGCAUGAUGGAGUUUUCCUGAGACCCGUUGCGGUGCAUAGCAAUCAGAGUCCACCCAAUGGCAGCAGUCGAUACUCCAAACGUUCCUCCAUAGAUAGUGGCAUUAACAUGGACAUACGCAGCAAGUCAGGCAAACCACUGGCCAGGCUCCAUAGCAACUUUGAGAGCCAUGACAGCUAUGCUCUGGGCGUCGAUUCGCCGCUGGAUUCGCUGACUGGAACCAACUGUCUGCUGUCGCCGCUGCGCAAAAUGGACUUUGCCCUCUGCGAGGUAUCUACGGGCGAAUCGAGUCCCGUGCACGACAAAGAUUGCGACGACAAUUCAACGAGCGCGACCGACGUGACCAUUGGCAAUGAUUUGGUCCUGCCCGAUGCCGUUGUAGGGGACUCCGAUGCCAAAGUUCUGACUUUAGCUGAACACAUAAUAGCAGCAAUGCCAGAACGAAUUAAGAACGAAGCCGAUGAAAUGAUGGUGCUGGGCAGUCCCUUGACAGAACCCCUCACUUCAGAAUCUUCAGCGCUGACGGAUAGCUUUAUGGACCCACUACUCGAUUCGCUGCCCAACACACAUUUCGACAGCGACUUCAGCUUCGACUUCCAUGACCAUAGCUAUCGCUAUCACGACGUCAGCACGCCGUGCUCCAGUUUGAGUCCCGCCAGCUCGGGACCGCUGCAGUCCCCGGCCAGUUACUCCAUUUUGGGAACCGAUCCCUCAGUCAGUUCACCUAGUCCCCCGCCAUCCACCAAACAGUUGACAGAGUUCCUGCACGCCUCCAGCAUCUCGUCGUAUCCCUUUGAGGCGGAUUUCUCCAAGCUAACCCUAACAGACACGGAGCAGCGGGAGCUCUACGAAGCAGCCAAAUGCAUCCAGAAGGCGUAUCGCUCGUACAAGGGUCGACAGAAGCUCGAGGAGCAGAACAAAGAACGGAGCGCUGCCACUGUCAUCCAGAACUACUACAGGCGGUACAAGCAGUACGCCUACUACAGGCAGAUGACAAAUGCCGCCCUGGUUAUUCAGCAUGGCUACCGCUCCUACAGACGAAACAAGCGAUUCAAGAAGAGCGGCUUGUGCUUGAGCAGCUCCAGUGAUCAUGGAAGUGUGAGCAGCAAUUCCCAGUGCCUGUCCAGCUUCUACGAUCACUACAAACAGGAUCAGCAGCAGCUUCACGAGAUGGGCUCCCAGCCAAGCACGCCUAAGGAAACCAGCCCUUCGGGUCCUUUGAAGCGAACCUACUCGCAGUCCACGCAAAAUCAAGCUGCCCGGAAAAUUCAACAGUUUAUGAGACAAUCACGCAUCAACAUUUGGGAUGGCAAUUUGGCGACAGUGACUACAGAAAGAGCGAGCCGAAAAAGAGAAGCUGGUGCACCAACGCAGGGCGGAAUACCUUCAAAACUUGCAGUUUCAAGGGCAGCAGGAAAUGUUGGUGUGCCACGAAAAUAACAUUUCUGCGCCAAGCAGUGGCAACACCAAUGCGAGCAACAACAACAAUCUACACCAAAUACAAUCCAAUCAGUGAGGGUCAACUGAGUGAAUUUUAAACAUAGGAACAAGCUGCACGGUUCCAUAAGAAUUUAUGAAUAGCUUUAACAACCGAGUGAAACUUUCUACUUUCGUAUUUGGUCCGAUUAGGAAAAACAAUCCCAAGCACCUCUGUAGUGAAACUUUGUUUCAAACUCUCUUUUACACAGACAACAAACGUUCUAAAUUAGUAGCAAAUACCUGCACUUUAUUUCAUUUGCCUAACGAAUUUUAAGAAUCACACAUUAUUUUCGAAGUGAAUGUAGCUUAGGCUAGAGGUCUUUUAAGGUAUUACUUAAACCUAAACUUAACUGAAGAUCGGACUCCAGGGAGAAGAUGAUAACGCAAUUUUUCCAUUUGUCAACUCGAAAGAACUUAUUACUGAAGCCUUUAAAAACUUUUUAACUCCAAUUGUAGUAAAAAAAAGUAGCCUGCUAUAUAUACAUAUUAUAUACAUACAAUUUAAACCAAUAUUACGCAUGUGUAUGCAUCUAUAUAGUUACAUUUGUAUAUAGAUAUUGCCUAACUAACUAAAUUCUAGUCUAUUUUAACGUACUACCAAGCUCUGCGAUGCGACUAUGCUUGUCUCUAAAGCAAAAGCAAAAUACAAAAGAACGAAAACCUAUAACAUUAAUCCUCGAUACUAACUAGAUGCUAACUGCUCUUUAGGUUUAAUCAUAAGACUCCACUGAAAGUCCAAAGUUGUUGUUGAUUUCUAAAAUCAAAUUCGUGUGGAGAGCGCAGCAGAUAUCGAUUUAUCAUAUUUCAAAGAAAGUAAACCCUAUUCUAAUUUCUAAUACGCAAGUACUUAAUUCGAUAAUGUGUACUAAGUCUUAACUUAUCUGACUAUACAGACUAAGCCUAGCUAAUAAUAGUUAAAAUCACAGGAAUGGUUAAUGUGUUGCGUGGGCACACAUCCAAACCGAAGUGCAGUCAGCCAGAAAACUGAUGAUAGUUAUUGGAUACAUGGAAUUUCCGACUUUUUGCUGCUGCAAACCCAUUAACCGAUUGAUCGCGCCAGUCAAUCUUAACUGCUUGAAUGAAUACACAGCCAAACACAAAAAAAGAAGCAAGAGAGAAAAGUUUUUAAACUAAAUGUAACAAUAAAUGAAUUUUUGUAAAUUAUUUUUGUCCGUCCACAUUGUUAGCUUUCAUAACAUACCAACAAGAACAUAUAUACUUACAAAUAUACAUUAUAUAUAAUAGAGAAGGAGCCGAUACUGAUUCGAAAACUCAAGAAACAAUUUUUAAAGGAUCGUUCUAGUUCAAGUUAAUAAACACUGGCGAUAGAAGUAUGUAUAUAAACCAGCUCCAAAACUAUGUCCUGCACGUAGAAAUGGACCCACUUACCUCUAGCAGUCCCAAACCAGAUAAAAUAGAAACCAAAAAAACCAAACUCACAAAAACCCAAGUGCAAAUAAAGCAACUUCAAGUGCGAGAAUGUGAAAUCUGCGUAUUGCGAUGUGCAAAUGGGCUGUAAGUUAACUUUUACUCGACGAAUGUUUGUCACAACCAGAUGCGCAGCUGUUGACUAUGGGUGGGAUUUAGAUCUAUCACAUUGUUAACUAUUAAACUACGAACUAUUAUACUUAAUUCGCACUAUUAUUACUCUACGAAUACGAAACUUUGAUUGCAUUUUGCUCUAACUUAACUAUGUAUAAAUCUGAUCAACUGAUUCGAAAUGAAGACUAAAUACGAUUUCACUACUCAACUGACUUAAGAAUUGCAAUCAAUUUUGUUAACUGUUUAAGCAGGGUGUUAAACAUAUACCAGCUGAAUACUAAAUCCAAUUAAUUGCAAUAUUUGCACAUACUACACACACUGGACACGCUCUGGCUCACAAAAGAACACACACAGAUACACAAUUUAUAAACCUCAAAGUAGCAACCUGAGUGUGUUUUAAUGGAAGGAAGUCUUUUUAGAUAGAGGGAGGCCAAAAGGCAAAGAAAACUUAAGUACCUUAAGCCAAUUGGCACUAAAACUAAACUUAAAUCUAACAAACAAUUAUAAAUACCUACAACAGACUAUGUAUCUAUAUCGAAGUGGGUGUCUGCGAACGUAGGGCAUUUCCCCCAAGCUAGUUUGGUUUGUACUUUUUUCCCUUCAACUGAGCUAAAUCUAAUGCAACACCAAAAUUGUUGAUAUCUAACGAAACUAUACAAUAGGAAAACUAUUCUAGCUAAUGUAAUUGGAUAUUCAGUACUCACAUAUCUGUUAGAUAAUUUAUACCUAUCUUCGUCCUAAUAGAACUUUUAAGUGCGGCGUGUACGAAUCCAGCAUUCUUCUUCAACUUCAACUAGAUAACACUAACCUACCAUCCAACUUUGUCCCAAGAAAUCCAAAAUCAGCUACUUAAACUGUUUGUUUCCGACUUUCAGCUUAGUAGAGCAGCAAAUAGGAACGGAUAUGAAACUGUUAACUAAACUUUUAAGCGAAAUAUACCUAGAGUGUAACCUUUUUAAAUAUUAUACCUUACUUGUAUGGGAUACUAGCAUGAACUAUACACAUAUAUCGGAAAACUAAAGAAUGUUUAACAAAUCAACGUAUUAUAUGUAUAUGUACAGACACAUACACUGAUACACCCUAACCACAUACGAAACAUAGAGUUAUAUAUAUAUAUACAUAUAUAUUGUAAAACGACUUUCCAGUUUCUGUAAAAUUGUAAUUACAUCCAAUAAAGUUUAAUUCAACACUUUAA